AUUGGACGCAGGUGUGCGUUUACCUAGCAAGUUUUAACCCGGCAUAUAACGCGAAUUUAGACACUCAGAGCCGAGACUGUCUUUUAUAAACUUUGGAGCCACUUGUUUUGAUUCAGGAUGUUUGCCUGGUUUUGUGUUUUUGUUUGUGCUUCGGCCGCCGGACAAACCAUGACCGGGGAACCCCGAAGUGUUCCGGUUAACGACACCAGGGUUUUGACGGCAGCUCGUUUUGCUGUGGCUGAAUUCAACAAAGUCAACGCAGGAGAGACGUUCGCUUAUAAAACUGUGGCGAUAACAUCGGCUAAAAUUCAGGUAGUUGCGGGAAUAAAGUACAUUCUGGACAUGCUGCUGGGGCAGACUGUGUGCAGCAGAAGCCACGCUGCUGCGGACAGCGAGCCAUGUGCUUUCCAGUCUAGACGCAAGGCAAGUUCAAGAACUGGGUGGUGCAUAACACGACGAGGGGGAGUACCAGUGCCACUUCGUCGUUGUAGAAGUCCCCUGGGAGAAAUCACGUGUUCUCUCUAAAAAUGAGUGCCACCAAAAUAAAAGCUAAUACACUCAUACUGUUACUUUUGGUGUUUCCAAGUAAAGAGUUGUCAGUGAGCGUUGUUUUAGUCUGGUCAUCUCAACUUUCAGAAAGAGUGCCAGUUGGCGUACUGUGCCCACUAUAAAUUUAUAAUAGCAUGAUCAUAAACCAUGAUUUCAUUGGCUCUCAUUUAUGCCACUUGUUCCAACACCGAGAUGAAUAAGUUCAGUGACCUGCGGUCCCUCGGCAUUGUAUGGGGUAAAAAAAAAAGGCAUAAUUAUUCCAGUGAGUGACCGGGGCAGCUUUACUGUGCCUCAUCUCUCAGUGUGUGUCCUGGCAGCUGUAAGGACCUAGUUGCGUGUCAG